AUGGCUUUCCUCUUGCAUCCGGAAGGAGAGCUGAGAAACGCCGCCUUGCUGGAAGGAGAAUCCUCUCUCGGCUGCAGGGGACUGGAGGAAGAGGAGGAGGAAGAGGCCCCUUCUGCAAGGAAGGGACAAGAGGAUGAUGGGGAUGGAGAGUCUAUUGAUCUGAAGAAACCCAUUGACAAGCGAAUCUACAAGGGGACGCAGCCCACCUGCCAUGACUUCAACCAGUUCACGGCUGGUUCAGAAACCAUCUCCCUGCUGGUCGGCUUUUCAGCCGGUCAGGUGCAGUACCUGGAUCUUAUCAAGAAAGAGACCAGCAAGCUUUUCAAUGAGGAGAGGCUGAUUGACAAGACCAAGGUCACCUUUGUGAAGUGGAUCCCUGAGACCGAGAGUCUUUUCCUGGCUUCCCACGCCAGUGGCCAUUUGUACCUGUACAACGUAGAGCACCCUUGCGGCUCAGCCUCGCCCCAGUACACCCUCCUCAAGCAGGGCGAGGGCUUCACCGUCUACUCCUGCAAGAGCAAGAGCGCCCGCAACCCGCUGCUGAAAUGGGCGGUGGGCGAAGGGGCGCUGAACGAGUUCGCCUUCUCCCCUGACGGCCGGUACCUGGCUUGCGUCAGCCAAGACGGCUGCCUGCGGGUCUUCCAUUUUGACUCCAUGCUCCUGCAGGGGAUGAUGAAGAGCUACUUCGGCGGCCUGCUGUGCGUCUGCUGGAGCCCCGACGGGCGCUACAUUGUGACUGGAGGGGAGGAUGACCUGGUGACCGUCUGGUCCUUUGCCGAGGGCCGGGUCAUCGCCAGGGGCCACGGCCACAAGUCGUGGGUGAAUGCGGUGGCUUUCGACCCUUACACCACCAGCACGGGGGAUGACGAGAGCGGGGAGUUCAGCGGCAGCGACGAGGAGGCCCAAGACGCCACCCAUUUCGGCCGCGUGCGGACCAGCAGCACCCUGUCCCACCUCUCGAAGCACAGCACCAAAAGCACCCCUUCCGUGACUUACCGCUUUGGCUCGGCCGGCCAAGACACCCAGUUCUGCCUUUGGGACCUGACCGAAGAUGUCCUCUACCCCCACCACCCGCUCUCCCGGGCCCGGACGCUCACCAACACCUUCGGCGCUGGCCUCCCCCCUUCCAGCAGUGGCGGGAGCAACCUAGCGGCCGAAUCCGGCGGAGGGGCCCUCCCGCGCUCCCUCUCCCGCUCCAACAGCCUGCCCCACCCCGCCGUCACCAGCGCCGCCAAGAGCCACGUGGCCGACGGGGUGGUCCCCUUCAGCAUCGGCAAGUUCGCCACCCUCACCUUGCAGGAGCGGAAGGACAAGAACGCCGAGAAGGAGCACAAGCGCUACCACAGCCUGGGCAACAUCAGCAAGAGCAACGACAAGCUCAACGUGGUGCCCAAAAGCAAGCUGGAUACGGCCAAGGUCCUGGGCACCGCCCUGUGCCCCCGCAUCCACGAGGUGCCCCUCCUUGAGCCUCUCAUCUGCAAGAAGAUUGCCCACGAACGGCUGAGCGUGCUGUUGUUCCUGGAGGACUGCAUCAUGACGGCCUGCCAGGAGGGCUUCAUCUGCACCUGGGCCAGGCCGGGGAAGGCGACCCUGAAUUCCCAGAACGGUGGGUCGCCAAGUGGCACCGUAGUAUAACCCCCCCUCGGCCGGCUGAUCUCCUGACAGGUGACUCGAGUUCCUUGCUCUGCCGAGGCCGUUCGGCUGAGAUGGUGAAACCCUUGGGACGCAGCAGCAUCUGCGCUUUGUACAGGUUGUUCCCUCCCUCUCCUCGCCUGUCUGGAAAGACAGAGACACUCACGGAGUUAAUUAAUCGACGGAGACCUAUGUAGCACAGCACCCUUUGCACUUCUCAGCUAUUUAAAAGUAUUAAUGAACGAAC